AUGCAAGUCUCACUAUCAUUUUUUGUAUUCAUUUCUAUAAUUCUCUGCAUUUUUAUUGAAGGUUUGUUGUUGAUUAUUUGAUUUAUGAUUCUCAUUCUUUGUACGAAUCGAAUAACGUGUUUUUCUUGCAAAGAAUUACUGUAUUUUUGAAGAAAAGCAAAUCUGGAGUUUGCAAAAUGCAUUGAUUUUAUAAAAAAUUUGAAUCCACUGGAAGAUCAGACCAUUUCCACGUCAUAGCUAAUGUUUCUCAAAAUGAUUACAUUUUUCAUUUACUAACUAAUGAAUCUAAAAGUGAUCCAAACGUUAAAAAAAAACAACAAAAUAUCAUUUGUUUUCCGAAAUUAUUGUACUUAUAUCAACAGGAAAUAGUUCCAAGUCAUAUGUUUUUUCUAACGUCCAAAAAUUCCUAUGAAAAAUCACACAAAAACUGUACUCUUAUCUUUCUUCUACUUUUGGUUCAAAGACUUUUUUGCGUAAAUAAGAUAAAUCAUUAACUAUUACACUAUCUUUUUUUGAUGAAAAACAAUGAAAUUUUUUUGCUGAUAAAAUGAUAAAUAAAAUAUAACUUUUUCAAAUAAAAAAAAUAAUUUGAUUUCAAUAAAUUUCAGAAUCGAAAUGUCUAACAAUGCGCCAAUUGUUCAGAAAAAUCCGGCCGCGGAAAACAAUGAAAGCUCCAAGUUUUGUGCCAACUUCGCCAGCUCCACCAACAAUCCCGUCAGAUUCACCAAGUUUUGUUAGAUCAAUUGGAAGUGUGGCGGGUAGAGAGGUAAUUAAUUAAAUAGUCAAUUAGCUAACCUAAUUAUUUUUCUAUAGAUAAUUCCACGUCGAUGGACAACCGGCGAGCGAAUAAGAGAAGUUGUUUUGGAUGAAAAUGGUAUCGCUCUUCCAGUUCGAAGUACACCAAAUAUUGGUUCAAUUUUGGCUCGAAAAAAUGGCUUAACCACCUAA